AUGAAUUACUCUACAAUGAACUUCAUGCCUGAAGCUUCUCUAAAUUCCACAACUAAGCCUUUUGGGCCUGUGGAAAUAAUGAACGGAUGUAUGUACAGUUUUAGUUUCCUGGUUGGUCUGCCUACACACUGCUAUGUUAUAUGGCUCAUCAUCACUGGAGCUGGAAGUGGAGUCGCUUCAGAGUUCUUCAACCUUAAUCUCUCAGUCUCUGAGGCUGGUUUUGCUGUUAAUUGUAUGACUUUUGUUCUUGUAGUAUGGUUUCCAGUUUUAGUGGAGUUUCAAAUGUUUUUAGUAGGACUAGUCAUCACAGGUCGUCCUCUGUUUCAGUGUCUGAUGUGUGUUGAGCGUUACCUGGCAGUGGUUCAUCCUCUAAGCUUUCUGAAGUACAAACCGCUCAGAUAUAGAGUGAUCUGCUGUGCUGUGGCCUGGAUACUUACUCUUGGCUCUUGUUUCAGCUGCCUUUAUACUAUAGUUCUAUACAACAUCAUACAUUUAUGGUUUUUCUCAGUGCAGUUCCUCCUCUUCCUCUCCAUCCAGUUGUUUUGUCUUGUGGUUGUUCUCAGAGCUCUGAAGCAGUCGGGACCAGGAGAGAGAAAUGAUGAAAAUCACAUGAAGAGAAGAGCGUUUUGUCUAAUUCUGAUCACUACAGUUAGCAUGGUUAUCACAUAUGCUCCAUAUAAUAUUGCAGCAUUUUUUACUAUUGUAACAGGGAAGCAGAGUGCUGUACAGUGGCUCCCUGGUACAUUUUGUUAUGUGCUGUGUGGUUUUAUUCAGCCAGUUCUCUAUCUUCAACGCACUGGAAAACUCUCCUGCAUCUGUCUCUUGUAA